GUGGGAUGGCAAUGGAGAGGUCGUUGUCGUGCGCGGAGAGGGGCAGCCAGUACGGCGCCGGGGCGGGGGCGGGGGCGAUGAACCUCCGGAGCUACAGCGCCUCCUACGAGCGACCGACGACAGCGGCGCCGUCCACGGUGCAGCGCGCCAGGAGCGUGAGCUCGUGGAGCACGCCGCCGGCGCCGCCGCCCGUGCAGCGGGCCGGGAGCACCAAGAGCGGCCCCACCGCCGCCGCCGGUGGCCGGGCCGCCCCGGGGCUGAACCUGCGCUCCUACAGCGCCUCCUACGCGGCCUCCUACGGGCCCACCCUGGCCGAUACCGGCGGGCAGCUGAAGCGCUCCGGCAGCGUCACCAACUGGACCUCCGCCAACCGCCGCUCCGUCAACCUGAGGGGGUACGCCCCGUCCUUCGCCGCGAUGGACGACACCGCCGGCGCGGUCCCGGCGCCCAGGAGGAAGCUGCGGGCGGGGGCGGACGACGCCGAGGUGCAGCGGCGGCGGCUGGUCGUGUACAAGACGUACGGCGUGGAAGGGAAGGUCCGGGAGUCGGUGCGCCGCGGCGUCAGCUGGAUCAAGGGCAAGUGCUCCGGCGCGGCCUACGGCUGGUGGUGAUCGAUCGCCAGCUCCAUCGCCGUGCCCACCGGCCUAUCGGAGUGGUACUACUACGGUACGGUCUACCAUAUGAGCUGGUGCACUGCAUGCCCACCGCCGCACCAGUACCUCCUGUUACUUGUUCUUGGAGUUAGGAGUUUUUUUAAUCUUUAGGAGAUGGAUUUGGUUGUAUGUAGUAGCAUACUAGCAUGAGCUGUGGAGCUUCUUCUCUUGGUGAGUGAUCUCGUGUCUUGUGAGGGAAGGAGGAAGUUCAUGCUGUGGGUGUCCUACUCCUCUUUACAGAACAGAUAUCUGGACUCUGGUCUAUGUAAAUAUAGGUGCUGCGUAUGUAUAUAUGUGUGUAUAGAAUAAGAUUUCUGUAAAUUAUUACUACU